AUGUUUUGGACAUCCGAUAUCCACAAGUAUUUGAGGGCUCCGAAGACCCUGAAGAAUAUAAAUGAUACUGAAAGCGUAACGCUUGGAAAUUUCACUGGCUCACUGAUUCAAGAUAGAUCAGAAUCAAAGUCCUUGGAUACCGAGGAUGAAAUCAAUUACAUCUCCAAAGCCUUUUUUAAUGUCAAGAAUUUCAUUUUCAAAAUAAUUGUUCCGGUAGUCCUAUUGGCAACCUUUAUUUUCUUGAUCAAUUUACCAGCCGAUACCCCAAGUUUCUAUAGAAGCCCUGGACUAAUAUCAUUUGAAGACCAUGGAAAUCACAUCGUUAAUCACAACGACGGGUUUUCUGAUGGUGUAUUUACGGGUGGUUAUGACUUAGACGAUGACAAAGUUGAUGGCGAAUACAAAAGUGAUGGAGAUGGAGAUAAUGGAGACAAAUGGAUCAUUGGUUAG